CGGGGUUUAGAAACGAUGUGCUAAUGUCGCUGCUAAAGGGAAACGUUAAAUACAGAAAACGACAUUUCCCAGAAGUCCAUGUAUGGAUCCUCACGUCAUCUCAUAAAUAUAAAGCUUUCGUGGGUGUAAACAUAUCUACAAAUUCCGCCAGCUUCAUCAAAUGCUUCACAUAUCUAAUGAGCUUGACUGGCUGGUUUCAUUCCGCAGCAAAACAUCCUCUAUAAUGGUGGUAUCGAUAGCAACCGAGCGGCAUUGACCGGCGAUUUCACCAGCAGACAGCAAAAGAAAACAAAUUGCACGGCCUGGCUAGCUCUCUUGAUUUCUCCAUGGCUAGCUGGAAAACGCAAGUGGAAUAAUGAAUGUAACGAAUAAACUGCAUGGGUACCUGCUGGAACUAACGUUAGCUAACUAGCUUUAUUUAUUUGGAGUUCGUAGUGGUCGUUGCUACUGUUAGCUUGCUUGCUAACGUUAGCGCAUUCACUUGCGGAAGAUGGAAAGUGUGCGUAUAGUGGCUGGGGAGAGGAACCGAUUGGAGGUGGAUGCCCUGUCAACAUCAGUCGGAAUAUUAGACUCGGAAAUUGGACAAAUAAGAAGUGGCAGCAAGUUUUUAAAGGCCAGUGGUGGUGCACUCUUCCCCGCUGGAAAAAUAACUGCGACGGGGGAAGAUGAUGGCGGGGAGACAAAACUCUUGGGACUUGCUACCACCUCCCUACUUCACAUAGCGAUACGGAACGGGAUUUACCAAAACCAGGCUGCUAACGCCACCAGUAGUGCUGCCAAUCUCAACAUGACCACCGGUAAAACACCCAACAUCUACAGCCUCGUAUCGGUCAGCAGCACCAGCGUGAACUCGUUGUUGACCAGGAGACGGCGGCACAAGAGGAACCUCUCGGCCGCAGCUUCGACAACCUCAAGCCCUACCGCAGUCUCCUCCGUUGGGGGAGUGAGAUCCACACUGUCCGCCUCGUCUGUCAACAACACACUGAGCCUGGAUAGAAAGACCUUGCUUCGCCAGAAGCAGGCGAAACAGCUCCAGCCCAACGACAAGGCGUGGGUCCGAGCUGACCUCCAGCAGGGUUGUAUCCACGUCCAUGACCGACUCACGCCCUCCUACCCCCGGGCAGUACUAUGCACCGUGGACACCACCGCUGGGGAGAUAGCGGCUCGUCUGGGGCAGCUUGUAGGUAAAUGUGGAGGGAUACUAAGAAUGACUCGCAAAACAAGUGGUUAUGUUGACCUGAACGGUAACUGCAAUGGUAGCCAUGGGCAUAUUGACUACCAACUUGGUGUGAAUAAAAGUAACAACGUGAAGACCUCCUACCCAGGUUCUGUGAUCUCCUACUCAGGGUCAGAAGAGAACCAACCAGUCUCUCCAAUCAAGCGGCUUCAUAGCAAUACCAACCAUGCUCAAUAUUACCUGGAAACAAAUAUAUUACUUUCUGACUACAAGAUACCAAGCACCUCUUCGUCUGAGGUUUAUCUAAAUGACAGUGAGGGUGCAGACAUGGGCCUGAGUGGGGCCGACAGUUGUGGACUGUACUCAGGCUCAGACAUGGAGAGUAGCACCUUUGAUGAUUUGAGCCCCGGUGGUCCGCGGCCCAGCCAACACCGGGACUCCCUCAGUGAUGCUGCUGUCCUAGGGACAAACUCCUCAGUGCUCAGCCCGAACUUUGACUCCGCCACGGAGGAAUUGGACCCAUUUGGGAGUUCCUCAGACGAGGUUGAGCUUGACCCUUCCCCGACACACACUGCCAGCAUCCCCACUGUCACUCAGCAACAGACCCUGGAGGGGAAAUCCAUGCACGUCCCAACAACUGAUACCUGCAAAGCUCCUGACAACAGGCUAUCAAAGUCAAACCAACUAGAAGACAAAAACGCUGCUGAUGAAGGCGGGAAAACAGGUAGCACUGGAGGAGAACCCAGACUGAUCAAUCCCCCGUCAAGCUGCGGCAGUAGUGGCAGUAACUCACUGGCCCGACCUCUGACUGACAGAGCAGCUGUUGAACGUGACCUGGUCGUUUCAGGGGAGCAGAGAGGGGUCCUGGGCCCAGAGAAAGUCUCUCCAGCACCGGCCCUCUUCGCCCAGCUGCACGGUGGAGCUAUGAGGAGGCUGGAGGAUGAUGAGAAGCCUCUGCAGAUGCAGAAUGAGUACCUCUCCAAUCUGGGCUAUGGAGACCCGUGGCGGGUACAGGAGGAGGGUAUGGACCCAGAAAUAGGCUGUCUCAUACGCUUCUACGCAGGUAAGCCGCAGUGUGUGGGUGGAGCAGACCGGGUGCAGCUGACGGGUGUGUUUAAUGUGAGGAAGGGUAAGCUGGCCCUGCCUGUCAACCGGUGGUCACGACGACACGUCACCCUGAGUGGCACCUGUCUCAUCGUCUCUUCCGUCAAAUACGCUCACACCGGCAAGAUGCACAUCCUGCCCCUCAUCGGUGGAAAGGUGGAGGAGGUGAGGAGACACAGUCACUGUCUAGCCUUCAGUUCUUCUGGUCCCCAGAGUCAGACCUACUACAUCAGCUAUGACUCCUACACAGAACACCUCCGCUGGCACAGACAGGCUGCCAAGAUAGUGUCUCAGAGGGUGAGUUCUGUGGACCUGUCAUGUUGCAGUCUGGAGAAGCUGCCAUCUCAGCUGUUCUACAGCCAGGACCUGACCCACCUCAACCUCAAACACAACUAUCUGACGGGCCUCACACAUCUCACCAGGUUCUGCAGGUUGAGGAGCCUCAAUCUCUCUAACAACGCUCUGUCUGACUUCCCUCUGGCCGUGUGUGACAUCACUUCCCUGACAGAGCUCAACCUCCAAGGCAACCUUCUGACCUCUCUGCCCUCCGUGCUGGGGACCAUGCACAACCUGCAGACCCUGCUUCUGGAUGGUAACUCUCUGAACUCCCUGCCUGCUGACCUGUGCUCUCUGGAGGCCCUGACCUACCUGGGCCUGUCCUUCAACCUGUUCAGCUGCGUACCUCCAGCCCUGGAGAGGCUCAGGGGGGUGGAGAGGCUCUGUCUGGCUGGGAAUCAGCUCUCCUCCCUGGACAUGGCCGGCCUGCAGUGGCUCCCCCACCGACACAUAGAUCUCAGGUUGAACAGACUCCAGAGGGUGGUGGUUGGGGAGGCUGGUCUGCUGAGCCACGUGGCCCAGUUAGAUGUGCGGGACGCUGGGUUGGAGGAGCUUGACGUCAGGACCCUAUCCAGGCUGGAGCUCCUACGCUGUGACAGAAACACACUCACACUCCUUAGAGUCAGCGGCCUAGCACUCAAGGGCCUGCACACAGCACAAAACGAGCUGAGAGUGCUGGAGGUGUUUCCUGUUCCAGAGAGCCUCACUGUUGUGGACGUGUCCAGGAACCAUCUGGACUGUGUGCCUGACUGGGUGUGUGAGAGCACCCGACUAGAGGUCCUGGACAUCAGCCACAACAACAUCAAAGAGCUACCCAUACGGUUAUUCUGCAGUGCUAGUCUUCGUAAAGUGCUGGUGGGUUGUAACGGUCUGCGUAGACUACCUGAGCGGCUGGAGAAAUCUCAGCUCGAGGUUCUAGAUGUACAACACAACCUGCUAACUGAGCUACCACACAACCUCUUCAUUAAGGCCCAGAGCUUGCGCUACCUGAACGCAUCAGCCAAUAAGCUGGAGUGCCUCCCUCCAGCCAGCCUAUCAGAGGAGAGCUUCAGCAGCCUGCAGGAGCUGUAUCUGACCAAUAACAGCCUGACGGACAAGAGUGUCCCUCUGCUGACUGGUCACGCCCACCUCAGGGUGCUGCACCUGGCCUACAACCAGCUACAGACCUUCCCAGCCAGUAAGAUGGCUCGGUUGGAGCAGCUGGAGGAACUGGACCUCAGUGGGAACAGGCUGAGAGCGGUGCCCACCACCAUCCUGAGCUGCAGGCACAUGCACACACUCUCUGCCCACUCCAACAACAUCACUGUCUUCCCUGAGGUCCUCCAGCUUCAAGACAUGAAGGUAGGACAGCCACAACACACACUCUCUGCCCACUCCAACAACAUCACUGUCUUCCCUGAGGUCCUCCAACUUCAAGACAUGAAGGUAGGACAGACACAACACACACUCUCUGCCCACUCCAACAACAUCACUGUCUUCCCUGAGGUCCUCCAACUUCAAGACAUGAAGGUAGGACAGACACAACACACACUCUCUGCCCACUCCAACAACAUCACUGUCUUCCCUGAGGUCCUCCAACUUCAAGACAUGAAGGUAGGACAGACACAACACACACUCUCUGCCCACUCCAACAACAUCACUGUCUUCCCUGAGGUCCUCCAGCUUCAAGACAUGAAGUGUGUGGAUCUGAGCUGUAAUGAGUUGUGUGAGGUAGUCCUCCCAGAGUCUCUGCCUGCUAAACUACAGGAGCUAGACCUGACAGGCAACCCUCGCCUCAACCUGGACCACCGGAGCCUCGAGCUGCUCAAUAACAUUAGGUGUUUCCGUGUGGACCCAUCUCCCUCCUCUUUGUGUGGCAGUGAGGGGCCCGGGGAGCCUGCAGUCUGGAGCCACGGAUACACAGAGGCCUCUGGGGUCAACAACAAGCUGUGUGUAGCAGCCCUGGCGUUGGAUAGUUUCUGUGGAAGCAGGGAGGCUCUGUACGGGGUGUUUGAUGGAGACCGGAACGUUGAGGUGCCCUACCUGCUGCAAUGCACCAUGGGAGACGUGCUGGCCGAGGAACUGCACAAGAGCAAGAACCAAGAGGACUAUAUGACCAACACCUUCCUCACCAUGCAGAGGAAGUUGGGCACGGCAGGACAGAGGCUGGGAGGGUCCGCGGCCCUCUGCCACAUCCGUCAUGGCCUAGUUGCCCCAAGCGACCGUGGCGGCGGGGGCUGUUUCACGGUGACAGCGGCUAACGUGGGAAGGUGUCAAGCAGUUCUGUGUCGUGAUGGCAAGGCCCUCCCUCUCUCCACCACACACACCAUCAGACAGCAGUCAGAGUACCAAAGAGCACGCCAGCACCAUGCUAUCAUCACUGAGGACAACAAGGUGAACGGAGUGACGGACUCCACCAGGAUCAUGGGCUACUCCUUCCUGUGUCCCGCCGUGACCCCACGACCCCACGUCUCCACGGUAACCCUCACCCCGCAGGAUGAGUUCUUCAUCCUGGCCAGCCGGGGCUUGUGGGAUACCAUGUCCACCUGCGAGGCAGUGGAGGCAGUGCGUAAUGUCCCAGACUCCCUAGCAGCAGCCAAGAAGCUGUGUACGCUGGCGCAGGGCUACGGCUGUCCUGACAGUCUGUGUGCUGUGGUGGUGCAGCUGAGUAUCACUGAAGACUGCUGCUGUUGUGAACCCCCACCACCCCCACCCAGCCCCGGCCUGGAAACACAACACACACACACCGCUGGUAACACACACCACCACCCCGGAUACGGCUCAGCGGAUGGAACUCUACCAUUACCGCCUCCGGCGAUGGGGACAGGAAGUGAGGUCAGCAGUGAGGUCAGCACGUCGGAGAUGAGCAGUGAGGUGGGGUCGACGGCGUCGUCGGACGAGCCAGCCAAUCAGACGGAGAAGGGCGUGGCCCUGGGGGGUCGCGGGGGGGUGCUGGGGCGGGGAGCGGGUGUGUAUGGAGGUGGAAGAGCAUCGUUCCAGAGGCAGCACUCUGGGGCUCUGUCUGACAAUGGGCUGGACAGUGAGGAUGAGGAGCCUAUAGCUGGGGUGUUCUCUAAUGGGAGCAGAGUGGAGGUGGAGGCUGACAUACACUGUCUGAGAGCACGGGCCAGCUCUAUACCAAUACCACACACGCACCCUGACCCACACACGCACCCUGACCCGCACACGCACCCUGACCCGCACACACACCCCCCUGACCCGCACACACACCCCAACCCCAACCCUGACCCUCACACACACCCUAACACCUCUGUCACACAGCAGCCUGAGCCUUUACCUCCACCUGCCUGCCAGUCAGCCCCCACCCCACCCUCGUCCCCCCCUCAGCUGUUUCCUGACCAUCAUCCCGGCCCUGACACUAGCCCUGACCCUGUAGGAGAAGAGGAGCUGAGGGCUGUAGAGACAGACACUGUAACACCCAAACACACUGUUCAGGGACAGGAGGUGGGGCCUGGAGAGACUGGAGCAGGGUUGUGUGUGAUUAGUGGAGAGGCGCAGUUAGGUGCGGGCUCAGGCUCUAGCUCGGCCAGUAGGACUCUGGGUGGGACUCUAGGGCGUAAGGGGCGGGGUAACGGCUCGGUGGCGUGUCAGGGGCGGAGCCAGGAUGUGAUAGAGGAGGUGGGCGACGCUCCCGUCAGGAAGCAAGGAGGUUACUUCAACGCUCCGGCCCAGCCGGACCCUGACGACAAGCUCGUCAUUCCUCCCGAGCUGGAGGAGGAGAUCCGGGAGAUCAUGAAACAACAGGAGCAGAGUCAGACACACCCCCAGGGCCACCAGACACACCCCCAGUCCCUGCCUGCAGCAGAAUACUACGUCACGCCCUUCUAGCUCACCGGACCGUUCUGUUACAACCCCUUCACAGAACAUUAGACCGCGCCUGUGAAGAAUCCCUGCUACGGCUAUUAUAGAAUGUCUGGAGAGGAGUUCCCGUAUGGGUGUGUCCCAAAUGACACGCUGUUCAAUAUCCCAAUGAAUGGGAUCAGAGAUUGAGGAGUUACGGGGGAAACACACCGACCCUCCUGAAGACUGUCCUGAAGAUGCCUCAUACCUGCUAAUGGCCAGCAAUACUUGUUUUAUUCUGUUAUCAUUUUAUAUUCCUAACUAUAUGACCCCAGGAAAUACAAUGCAUUUUUAUAAACACAGGCAUUAUUUACUUGCUUCACAAGUUCAAGUUAAUAUAAUUAAUUCAUUUUUUAUAUUUUGUGAUGAAUUGAUUAAGCACUUUUUUUUAUGCAGAUACUUUUAUUUGAACUAAUUAUAAAGCUGAAUGAUACAUUCUGCUAGACUGACUGAACUAUUAUAAAGCUGAAUGAUACAUUCUGCUAGACUGACUGAACUAUUAUAAAGCUGAAUGAUACAUUCUGCUAGACUGACUGAACUAUUAUAAAGCUGAAUGAUACAUUCUGCUAGACUGACUGAACUAUUAUAAAGCUGAAUGAUACAUUCUGCUAGACUGACUGAACUAUUAUAAAGCUGAAUGAUACAUUCUGCUAGACUGACUGAACUAUUAUAAAGCUGAAUGAUACAUUCUGCUAGACUGACUGAACUAUUAUAAAGCUGAAUGAUACAUUCUGCUAGACUGACUGAACUAUUAUAAAGCUGAAUGAUACAUUCUGCUAGACUGACUGAACUAUUAUAAAGCUGAAUGAUACAUUCUGCUAGACUGACUGAACUAUUAUAAAGCUGAAUGAUACAUUCUGCUAGACUGACUGAACUAUUAUAAAGCUGAAUGAUACAUUCUGCUAGACUGACUGAACUAUUAUAAAGCUGAAUGAUACAUUCUGCUAGACUGACUGAACUAUUAUUGCUAGAGAGCUGUUUUCUUUCUGCCAGCCAGCAAGGCAGCCUGACUGGCUCCCUCCCUAAUGGCACCCUGUUCCCUAUUACAGAGCCCUGGUCAAAAGUAGUUCACUAUAUAGGGAAUUGGUUGCUAUUUGGGACAGAGACUGUGUAUGGUUGCCUGUAGGCCUCUAAAGUAGACUGAUGCCAAGAGACAAACUAAAUCCUAGGAGUUGCAUACUCUUAAGUGACCUAAUAAUUGAUGUGUAUUAAUCUUCUCUAAGAGAAAAUACUUUUUUUUAUUUCAGAAGAUUGUUGACACAGACAGAUGUCUGAGGAAAGGAGGGAGAGAUGGAUGGGGGGUUAUAGGUAGAAGUGUAAGGACUGGGGAGAACACUGGAAAGGGGGGAUACUGGUAUUACGCAGCUCAAUGAAUGUGUGGGGCCUAUGUGAUCUAAUGAACUCACUUCAACAAAGGCAUUGUUGUAUCUAAGCUAAUCACACAGGAAAGCUACUUUUUCUAUAAUAAAUCUAAAUUUUCAAAUAA